AUGACCAUUAAACUAAAGGUUAAACCCAACCGAUCGAUCCAUUCGGAAAAUACUGUAGAAUUACAGAUUGAGUGUUAUUUUGAUUUUUCUGAGUGCUGCAAUAGCUUGGAUCCAAAGGGAGAUAGAAUAAUCAGACUGAGUUUUAGGUUAUCGGUAUUGAUAGUUAUUGGUUUGGUCACCAGAAUAGCGAAAGGUUACGUUUAUCACUUUUUUAUUUAA